GUUCAUGCUGUUUUUUUUCCAACUAUUCUAAUGCUCGGACUUACUGCAUGAAGCUGGCAGGACCGCAAAACUGGUGAAUCCCAUUAUUUGGCUUUUGUUUCAUAGCAAAAAAGUAUGUCGAUUUCCUAAGUCCACAUAUCAGAUGAGCCAGUGUCCUGCAAAGAAUUUAAAUCUUAUUUGCCAAAGUCCUUCAUCUUACACUAGCUCCGGUACUGAGAUUCACCCGUCUACCUCAACAUGCCAGUCGACAGCAUUUCGCAAUACUCUACCAGGCGUUGGCUCGUUUUUAGAUAAAGCUAACAGUUUAUCAAACUAUUCUCCCAUUAAACAGUAUAGUAAAACAUCUGAUCCUAUUUCUGAAAACAUUUGUAUUAACAAUGAAUUUUACAGCAACAGUCCAUCGUAUCCUUUGAAAUCUGAAGAAGGCACUAAGGAUAUGCCUAAUGAUUUUACUGAUUCAACUAAACAUAUCCAGUCAUAUUCUGCCUCUUCUCUGGAACCUAUUGAUUCCCUAAAUUUUAACAUGUCUCUCCAACCCAAUAAAUCUGUAGUAAAUGAUUUUACUCAUUCACUUCCUAUGGAUCAUACAGAUUUAGAGGAUGGUGGAUUAGAUUUAGAUCGAGUAUUUGUUGCCAUUGUUGGCGAUCAAAAUCCUGAACAUAAUUUCGAUAACGAUGACACAGAGAACUGUUCCCUUGAUAAAUCGAGCUUUUAUGAUAAACAAUUACCUAACGAUACGCAAUUAUCUGUGUGUCAGAGUAUAUCCAAUAGUGAUUCUGGAGGUGAGAAAUUGUUACAUUAUUAUUCCGUGAUGGAUGCUGAGGAAACGAAUUACGCAAUUCAUUCAAAUCCAUCCAAUCCUCUAAACGAGUGUAACAUUUCUCAUGAAGACUCGGUCCUUGAUGACAAUCCUGUUUAUAUAAGUGGUAAUGCACAGCUUCCCACUGUCAAGCAUUGUAAGUCACUAAAGAAGUUAACUGGAUAUUUGCCGGAACAUUGUAAUGGAUCUCAUCCUGCUAAUCAGUCUGAACAUGUCUUACCUCCAAUUAUGUUGAGUUACAGUAAUUCUACUGGUUGCAAUAGUCCUAAUCACUCGUCACUGGUUCCUAUUUCUUCACCUACACAAUUGUCUCACAAUCCAGUAAACUUGUCUUAUCCUGACUUAUGCUUCGUUACUGAAUCAUCAUGCUCCAAAAAUCUUCCACAUCCACACGACGUCCACAGAACCAGACCAUGCAAUACGGAAUUAACUCCGCUCUGCAACAUAUCAAGAGAAGCCACACCCAAACCAGCAUUUUCAAUUCCGGGGGCCAUUGUCAAUCCCCAAAUCUCAACAUCUAGCUGUCAUAACACUUAUCCCUUCCAGUCUUUAGUUUACACCUCUGAGAAGAAGGAUGCCUAUACACCUAAUUCUGACAGCUCUUCGGUUAUGGAUAUGUCGUUUUGUUCAUCUGCAAAAACAAGUUCACCACCUUCAGCUUACUUAGAAAUCUAUUCACCAUGUUCAGACGAUGAAACCACCACACUGGAAAAUCUUGAACGUGAUCAAAGCAGCGAUUGUAUUCUAGAAACAUCUCUGGUUACAGAAGAUCAAACAUCUAAAUCAUCAGUAUCCUCUGACGCUGUGAUCAAGUUAUGUGUAGUUUGUGGUGACAAAUCUUCAGGAUUUCACUAUGGAGUUAUAACAUGUGAAGGCUGCAAGGGCUUUUUUCGACGAGCUAUACAAGGUAAUCAAUCAUAUACUUGUUCUAGAGACGGUACUUGCGAGGUCAAUAAAACAUUACGGAAUAAGUGUCAGCAAUGUCGACUAGUUAAGUGUAUCGCUGUUGGGAUGUCAAAAGAUGCUGUUCGCAAAAGACGUCAUGGUAAAAAACGCUUACCGUCUAAUUCUGCAUUCCCAGUUACUACGACCACAUCUAAUUCAGGCACUUCAUGUAAAUCUGUAACCAAAACAUAUUCAGCAUCAUUGAUGAAUUCUACAAGUGUGUUGCCAACUGCAUCCAAAAUGCAUUUAAACACAAUCACACUAAAUCCUUAUGAUGUGCAAAUGAAAUUAACAACUAGUUUACAAUCUUUACCGCCUAAUAUACCUUCACAGAUUGUGGUGUUUAGUAAUAAUAAUUAUUUAACUAAAGAAGAUCAAUUGACAUUGGAUAAAUUUGAUAACUUUUUAAAGUAUUGUCAAGAACAAGCUAUAAAAUAUCAAACAAAUAAUUGGAGUAUAUAUAAAGCUGAUCACUACUCUUUAUCUGGAUCUCUGUCUAGGCAUUUAUCUCCUAUAAAGCAAACCUCAAACACAUUAGGUGAGUCAGUUAAAUUGCUCACUGUGGAUGAGAUAUUCUGUCCUGCCCAGCUUAAAUUCACACAUGAAUUCGCCUGUCAUUUGGAACAGUUUACACGACUUUCACAGCAUGAUCAAGCUAUUCUAUUAAGGGAUUCCUUGCCUGAACUUGCUAUAUUAAUGUUGUGUCGUGAAAAUCGGUGUAAUGUGCCUACGGAUUCUUCGUCUAACACAAGGAUAAAUCACCAGUUGAAUUGUUUAUUCAGUCCAUGGUUUCCGAAUGCUGUAGUUACAGAUUCAUCUUUAGAUUGUUUACAUAUGACUAGUGAUAGUAUAACAGCUCAAAGUGUUUUCCAGUUUGCUGCAAGACUUCAGCGUUUACAUCUGACAAAUACUGAAUUUGGACCGUUUAUUGGUGUGAUACUCUUUACUCCAGAACGUUCCAACUUAUUGGAUAUUGAUUUUGUCAAUCGUACACAAAAUCUAUGGGCUGAACUAUUACGUCGUUAUUGUGAAAGUCAGGGGUCACAAACACGUUGUGCUCAUUUAAUUAUGAUAUUAUCUACACUUCGUGAACUUGCCGCCAAAAUUACGCAUAAUUUAAACUCAUGGUAUAAAUUAACUAAAUCACCAAUAUCAAAUUGUCUUAAAGAAUUUCUGUAUUCUUCUGGUUUAAAUUCAACAAAUGAUUGCUUUUAACUGGCUGACAAUUGAAAUAGUUAUUCAUUAAUUUUUCAAUGUAUAUAUAUAUAUAUGUAUGAUGAGUGGGAUCAUUUGAGAAGGUGGGAGAAGGAAGGAAGAGGGCCAAGACGACGGAUGAUUGAUUGAUUGUCACACUCACAUAUCAUCUACCUCAGGGAUAAUUGUCUUCCUGCAUGUUUUAUGUGUGUGUGCAUGUAUGUAUGUAUGUAUGUGACUUUAAACAAAAUUCAACAGUUGUUUGUGUAAUCAGUGCAGUGCGCAUAUAUUUGAGCACUAUUAAUUUCCCUUCAAAUGCAAUAAUACAUUCUACUUCAAUAUACACAUAUGCUCAAUCAAUGACGAAUUCAUUUUUUUAAAUUGAUUUUUAACUAUUACGUUUUUAAUGUACGAUAAUUUUUUUAUGGGAAAGAAUGGAGGAGUUCUACUGUGUAAUGUGUGUGUGUGUGUGUGCGGGUGUGUUCGUGUAUAUGAUAACUCGCCAUCUCUUCUCCUUAUUCUUAUCAUUAUUGUUACUUAGUGACCUCGUUUAUCAUUUUCUACUAAUCAACAACGAUCUCAUAUAUUUUCUGUACGGAUGUAUACGCACAAAGAAUGCAUUAUUAUUUUGCUUAUCUUUAUUAUAACUAUGACUAUGAUUAGUGUUAUUAUGACAAUUAUAUGACUACUGUUCAUAUAUAUUUACCCAGUGAUUUUAUGGCUUCCCAUGACUACAACUAUUACUUAUUACUAGGCGCCUUUUUAAUUUUUUGUUAUUUUUUUGUGAAUUUUUUUUCUAUUGUCUAUUUCUAUGUACCAGUCAGUGAGGAGUGUGUGCACCCCUAUUGUGUACACAUGCGUGCGUGCGUGCACGCAAAAAUACCACGCACUUCUGUUCUUUAUGAAGUGUCAAUUUUUUUAUUGGUGUUAUUUUUCUUCCUUUCUUCUUCUAUUUCUAUGAGUGAUAUCUUUGUCUAUUAUGGAAAUUUUUUUAAAAAUAUUUUUGUGUAAUUAAAGCAUUUUAAAAAUAAUACAAACGACAAUAUUAUGUUGCUUUCUA